AUGAAUCAACGAACAACUGCUGCAGUUCGAGCACCAGCCGGAUGUACAACACCGUUUGAAGUGGUAACUGGAGUAAGACAAGGGGCAGUGGCAGGACCUUUCCUGUUCAAUUUCGCAAUCGACGACAUUAUGCGAAGAACAGUGGAUCAGUGUCCUGCCGAAAUUGUCUUAGCACCAUCUGGGUGCCCCUUGACUGACCUCGAGUACGCCGACGAUGUUGUUGUAUUCGCGGAAAGCAGUACGAAACUUCAGCAUGUUGUCAACCUUGUAUCGAAGCUGGCUGCAGCCUAUGGACCACGCCUACGCCCUGAUAAAUGCAAGCAGAUGUGGAUCUCUUCGAGACCACGAACGGGAAUCAGGGUGGAAGGACAACCGAUAGAACUCGUCGAUGAGUUCUGUUACCUAGGCUGUACGCUGAAGAACAAUGGCAGCUACGAGAGAGAUGUUCAGCAAAGAUGCGCUAAGGCCACUUCUGCAUUUAACUCCUUAACGAAAUGCCUGUGGUUGACCCCCAUCACCAACGAAGUCAAGCUGCGAGUCUACCUAUCCGCAAUUCGCCCCAUCAUGGAGUACGGAUCGGAGACUUGGGCAGCACCAUCAACGGUUAUGGAGAGGCUUGACUGCACGGAACGAAAGCUGCUUAGACGGCUACUUGGCUACUUUUGGCCUAGGGUAUGUCACAAUGAAGAUCUUUACGCAGAAAUUGAUGUGGUAUACCGGCGGAUGACACGUGGAAAACAUCAACAUCUUGUACCGCCAUCGAAAGUGGCUAAAGUAAAUCGUCUUCGCUUCUUUGGUCAUAUAUUAAGGAGACUGGCAGAUCGCCUUGUUCAACGAGUUUUGAGGGGUUCGUCGGGUUCGAGCUGGAAGAAGCCACCUGGCCGAAAACGGAAGUUCUGGACUGAGGCGGUGAAAGAGGACCUGAGGACACUCGGCGUGAAGAGGCAGUUCAGGCGAGACGUAAGGUUUCGCAGAACAUGGAAUAGCGACGAAUGA